CAGCAGCAGUGUGUGUUCCCAUCACGAAGAGAGCGCGACGUUGAACGGAAAGCAACAUCACCGCCUUUUCUACCAGGCAUCUUCACCAACCAACACCGAACUCGACUGGAAACACACACAAGUAUACUCAGACUGUCCUCCAGAGUUCCCCCAGCUCCUUCUCAAAAUGUCCGUGGGCAGUGACUUUGGAAACCCUUUAAGAAAAUUCAAACUGGUCUUUCUGGGGGAGCAGAGUGUUGGAAAGACGUCUCUGAUCACCCGGUUCAUGUAUGACAGCUUUGACAACACGUAUCAGGCCACAAUUGGAAUUGACUUCCUGUCGAAAACCAUGUACUUGGAAGAUCGAACGGUGAGGCUGCAGCUGUGGGACACGGCGGGGCAGGAGCGCUUCAGGAGCCUCAUCCCCAGCUACAUCCGGGACUCCACCGUGGCCGUGGUGGUCUACGACAUCACAAAUGUUAAUUCAUUCCAGCAGACAUCAAAAUGGAUCGAGGAUGUGAGAACAGAGAGAGGAAGUGAUGUCAUCAUUAUGCUGGUUGGCAAUAAAACAGACCUGUCCGAUAAGAGGCAAAUCACAAUUGAGGAAGGUGAACAGAGGGCUAAAGAGCUGAGCGUCAUGUUCAUAGAGACCAGCGCCAAGACGGGUUACAACGUCAAACAGCUGUUUCGGCGCGUGGCAGCUGCUCUCCCGGGAAUGGAAAGUAUGCAGGAAUCAAGCAAAGAAGGGAUGAUCGACAUCAAGUUGGACAAACCGCAGGAGCCUCAGACUACUGAAGGCGGCUGCUCCUGUUAAUACUCUCAUCCUGGGAUAAACACAUCAUCUACACCACAUGCUUGUUAUGUUGCUUUCUAUUGGUUAACCUGCAGUUGACUUUUGCACGUUGUGAAUCUGGCCUCCUCACCUGACUGUCAGUCACCGGUUGGAACUAACAAUAUGUGAAUUUGGUUUUAAAGUAGUGUAGUCUACUUUGUAAAUGAAACUGCCAUAAAGUCUUACAACUUGCAAAAAAGAAAGUAAAAAAGACAAAGAUGUGAAACAAUGAUCCCCAAGUUAUUUUAUGUGGAUACUUGUUUAAGUAAAAAAGGAAGUCUCCCCAGUUUCUGUUUUAUAUUUUUGUAUAUUCAGGGAAUCUCUCUGGAAAGGUUUUUUUUUUUUUAAAAGAUGCAAACAAAGCUCUUUUUUGAGGGCUUGGUAAGAGCAGAUGGUUUUGGAUGUAUGUUUAUGGAUCCCACUAUUGUUACAGGCAAAAAUAGAAUUCCUCCCAACACUAUUGCAGUAAAUGUAAUCCUGUCCUAACCCCCGACCAGGCUGUGCCACGCAAUGAUCCAACGGCCCAAUCUUCAAAAACACCAUUGUUUUCCACCAAUCAAAAAUUCCUACUGCAAAUAAACAAGAAAAUGAACUCAAAUAAAACGAUCAAGUCCAGGCAAGAGUCCUUUCUGUGCAUUUUAUUCCUAUAUCAAUAUACAACGGACAAAGGUUUACCUCUCUUCCCUGGGCCUGUCCUCUGGUCUCCUCGUGUUUACCCUGAUAAAUCCAACUGGUGCUCUACUCCCACCACCACCUGUCUCCAAUAUAUACAAUUACACCAGGUGCCCAAAUACACCUUCAAAAUAAAAUGUUAAAACUACUUUAACUAACUAAUAAUAACACUAAAUAAUAUUACAUGUACCAUAAACAAAAACAGUGAGAAAUUAAAUGUUUAGCUAUUAAAUAAUAUAAAUCAAAAUAUAGCUCCAACAGGACAUGUUUCAAACUAUUAGGAUUUCCUAGUAAUUGGUCUUUGUGCCAAUGGGCAGCCCUACACAUUGUCAAUAUUCCCCGUAUACCUACACUUAAGGAUCUUUUUACUUAAACAACCAGUUUUAUCCUUUCAGCCUUUAACCCCUGUGGGAUCCAUAACUGUGCAAACAGGAAGUGGUCAGCAACAUCUUGAGUAUCUAAUGCAUGCCUUGUCUUUGAGCAUAGGUACUGUCUACCAAUGAACACAAUAUGUACAUUUACACCAGUGAAACUGUCAAACUGGAUUUGUAUACCUGACUUCAGAAUAUCUCUUUGUCGUGUGUGUGUAAAUGUGUGCUUUCUGUAUUGGCAACAUUAGAAUGCAGUUGUAUAGAGGGCCACUGCCAAGUCGUGUCAAUUGCCACAUAACGGCUUCAUAAUAGGUCUCCCCCCCCCCCCCCCCCUCACAACAACAUGACGUGGCACUGUGUGAUAGUUGUGAUUCUAGUGGUCUGCACAGUGGAGAAUCACAGAGGAACAGGAGCUGCAGACUGAUCUCACACCUGCUCACACACACACAUAAUCCAGUUCCAUUCCUGACAGAAGACUUAUUUGCACAUGUAGACCUUUCAGGUGAAUAUGAAGCGCCGUAAAGCUUCAUAGUAAAUGUACAGUCACUUAAUCCAAGAGCUGUGUGAGUGUCACGUGUCCCACUUCUUUGCUGCUUGUGUUUAAACUGACAAAUGACGUUAA